CCCUGUGGGAGAAAGAAGAGGGAGUGUAGCAAGAUGGAACGUUGGCAGAAUCGAGUGGCUGUGAUAACCGGCGCCAGUUCGGGCAUUGGAGCGGCCUGUGCGAAGCUAAUUGUGGCCGCCGGUCUGCAGGUUGUGGGCUUGGCGCGACGCACCGAGCGCCUGGAGCAGCUGCGUCAAUCACUGCCGGCAGAGCAGCAGGCCCGAUUCCAUUAUCGUACCUGCGAUGUGAGUGCCGAGUCGCAGGUGAGCAGCGCCUUCCAGUGGAUCGAGCAGCAGUUGGGGGGUGUCGAUGUGCUGGUCAACAAUGCGGGCACCAUCCGCACCGGUCAUCUGGUGGACAUGCCCAUUAGCGAUGUUCGGGAUGUGGUGCAAACGAAUCUGAUGGGCGUCAUUUAUUGCACACAGCAGGCCUGCCGCAGCAUGCGUCAGCGUCAGGUUGCAGGCCAUUUGUUCUUCAUCAACAGCACGGCCGGCGUAGCGGGCUACAAUCCGGGACGGGAGGACCCCAGCUUGAAUGUCUACACACCCACAAAGUUUGCCUUGACGGCUGUCAAUGAGAUUUGCCGCCAGGAGCUGAUUACUUUGCAGACGAAAAUCAAGACAACAAACAUCAGCCCCGGCUGGGUGUCCACGGAAAUUGUGCCCGAUGAGACGAAAGCCCAACUCGGCGAUGUUAUACUCCAGGCGGAGGACAUCGCCCAGGCGGUGCUAUAUGCGCUCUCCACCCCACCACAUGCCCAGGUCCAGGAGAUAACAUUACGAGCGGUGGGCGAGUGGUUCUAGCGACUAACAACUGAUAUAGAAAUACUAAUAAAGUCAAAUAUGAGGAGAUAGAUAA